UCAAUCCAGUAAACGUUUGGUCAGAGUCAUUGUAAGGCAAAACAAAUCACAUGUAUGCAUGCAGAGUAAGUGAGUUAAUCUACGAAAUUCAGGUAAGGGGACGUGCUUUCAUCCCAUUCUCAUUCUGUUACUCCACCCUAUAUUAUAUUACUGCUCCAAUCGAUAUGGCAAUGACUACAUAUAUAUAUAAAUAAAUAUUGUAUUCUACACACAACGCUCACUACCAUACCUUGUAAGCUAGCAAACUCAAGGGUUGGGACAUAAACAAACAUACACAAUGCACAUGUACAUAGAUUGCCUUAAAAACAUGCAUUUAUACACAAAUUCAACUGAGUUCAAACAUACUCUUAUCAGGCACUUUCUCGAAUAAAAUUGUGACUGUCCGUACUACAGUGUGCUAAACUUCAUUCGGACUUAUCGUAAUCCAUGGGACAUCAGUAUUUCAUUGGAUGAAAAUUCAAACUAUUAAAUAAAUUUUUAAAAAUUCCUCUCUUUGUAUAUUCACUUACAUUACUUGUAAACAAGUAAUUUCUGUGAGUACAUGGUUAUGGUAGUUGUAGUUGUAACGGAAAAAUAACAACCUGGACGAACGGGACGAACAGAAAAAGAAAAAUCAAAAUAUUUUUCCUAACCCAUUACACAAAAUUAUCAACUAAUAAUUCGUUAAACUAUACUACUUUAUUAUCAGUUAAUAUGAAUGAACAACAAACAUUUCCCACAACUACUACGAUUCCUGAUGUCACUACUGGCGAUGAAGAUACUGCUGUAAUUGAUACGAUGAAUAUUAAUAAUAGUUAUUCACCGAAUACUCCAUCCAAAAUUGAAUUACUUCCAAAUCUUACUGAUAAAGAAAAAAAAAUUGAACAUGACUUGGACAAUAACAAUGAUUAUAGUUUUCAAGAUGAUGAGCAAUAUCAUCGUCAUAUACAAGACAUGAUGACUGAUCAAAAUGACGGUGAUAAUGUGACUGAAGAUACCGAUGACCAAGAAUAUCAAGAUGACAUUAAUCAAUCUAAUAAAAUGGAUACAUUCAAUUUUAAUUUCUCUCUUUCUAAUCCAAAUGAUUCUGAUGAUUCAUUAAAACAAUUAACAAACCUAAACAAAGAUACUGGCAAACCAAUUUAUUCAAAAUCCAAUAACAAUGAUGACAAAAGACCAAGAAAAUUUAUAUGUCGUUAUUGCAAUAAAGCAUUUAGUUUAAUGAAUGUUCUUAAAGUUCAUGAAAGAAUACAUACUGGAGAAAAACCAUAUGUUUGUGAAAUAUGCAAUAAAGCAUUUAAUCAAAGUGGUUCACUAAAUCGUCAUAAGAACACACAUACUAAGCGUAGCAGUGAUAAUCGUAGUUAUUCAUGUCGAUUCUGUCCACGUCAAUUUCUACAUUCUAGUCAAUUACAAGAUCAUGAAACAGUGGAGCAUAGUAUGGAAAUGAAUAUAUCAAUUUCAAAAUCAAAUGAUACAAGAGUUAAUGAUUAUACUACUGUAAAAUUACCAACAUCUUCAUUAUCCACAACAUCUUUACCAAUAAUAUCAACAACGGAAACAAUAAAAACAAUAACAGAAGGAAUAACAGCUGAUUGUAAUAUAUUAAAACAAAAUCAUUUAUCAAGUCAAUUACUUCAUAAUAAAUCAAUAAACAAUAAUACCCUGAAACUUUCAUCUUCAGAACAUAAUAAUAAAAAUUUUGACAAAAAUAAUAAUAAUAAUAAUAAUAAUAAUAAUAGUAAUAUUCUUAAUAAUAAUAUAGAUAACAAUGAUAUAGACAAUAAUAAUUCAAUGUCAUUAUUAAAUUCUACCCAAAAUCUUUUUGAGCUUGAUACAAAAAUGACUGGUGUAACAAAUAAAUUUCCAUUUCCUUAUGGUUUAAAUUUGAUUAGUAAAUUUUUACCAGUUGGUUUAACAGAUGAAUUUAUUAAAUCAUUAGAGAAUAAUAAUAUAGAUGGAUUAUUACAUCAAUUACCUAUAACAACAACUACUACAAUAACAAGUUCUUCAACAGUUGGUAUCACUUCUACUAAUACUGUUUCUGGUAUGAAUAUUUCAAAUAUUAUUAAUCCUAUUAAUAAAGGAAUACUGAAACAGGACUUGUUAGAUAAUACAAAUACAUUUACUUGUACAUUAUGUUCAACAAAUUUAUCAUCGAAAACUGAAUUAGAUAUACACUGGGGACAACAUUUUAUACAGCAAAUGGAAGCUCAACUUGGUCCAAUAUCAAACAGUUUAAUACCAUCGUCUUCACUUUCAAAUCCACUUAAUCCAAUUCAUCUCAAUCCGAAUACAUCUUUCAAUGAUAUUAAUUCCAAGUUACCUCAUUCAUUUACAUCGUCUACACAAAAUACAUUAAAAUCAAUUGAACAAACAGAUUUAAAUAAAAUUCUACCUGAAAAUUCAAAUACAACGUAUCCAUUUGAUAAUUGUUUAUCGAAUACAUCUAUAGAUAACAUUUCAUUAUUGAAUUCAACUAAUAUGAAUUCAGCGGCAACUGCUGCUGCUGCCGCUUCUGCAGCUAUGGUAACGGCAUUAAGUCAAUUUUUAUUGGGCAAUACACCUGGCCAAUCAUUACCGAAUCCAUCAUUGUUAGCUGCAACAGCUGCACUGACUAAUCCUGAAUUAUUAAAUUCUCUUAUGAAUGCACUGCCACCUACCAUUACUACUACUAAUACUAAUACUACUACCAACACUACUAUUAAUAAUAAUACCACUAAUAAAAGUGAUAAUAAUAACACACCAACUAUUCAAAGCAACAUGAACGAACUUAAUCCUAAUCAUUUUAAUAAACUACUGAAUAGUUUGACCAAUGUACAUAACCACUUAAAUUUUCCACGUAGCACAGGACUUUCAAAUAAUAUCGCUCAAAAACUCCUUGAUAUCGAUACUAAUUCAUUUGGACUAAAAGAUCACGCCUUGAAUUUUAUUAUCAACAAAGCAUGUAAUAUAUCGCCUGAUUCAUUGACAAAAUCUCCAACAUCUUCCUCACCGUCAUUGUCAUCAUCAAUUUCACCAUCAGCUAUUAUAACAACAACAAUCGGGACAACAACUAUGACAACAUCAAUUAGUCAAAAUUAUUCUUCGUUGAAUCAUUUAAAUCAAAAAACUCCUUCAUCAUUAUCUACACAUUCAAUAUGGCCGUGUAAAUUAGAAUUAGAUUUUACAAAUCGUUCCAUUAUUAAUCCAUUACAAUCGAAUUGUGCAUUAAAUCAAUUAUUUACUGAAUUAGAUACAAAUCUAUCAAUGAAUAUGGCAACAUCGAAUUCAUUUGAUCAACAAAUGUUAUCUACAAUUAAUUUAUCAACUUGUAAAAAUAAUAGUUAUAUCACAGAGGAUUCAUUUAAAUUAAAUAAUUCACGUCAUUUAAGUAUUGACAGUGAAAAUUAUUCCAGUGAUCUUGAAGGCGGCGGUGGUGGUGUAGAAGGUGUAGGUGGUGUUGGCGGAGGAAAUUUAACCGAUUCCACAUUGAGUGGAAGUUUCAAUACUCUAAAAAGAAAACGUUCUAAUUCACCGAAUAACUCAAUUGAUAACAGUAAAUCACGUAAAUGUAAUUUUUGUAAUAAACAAUUUAAUUGUACAAGUGCCUUGAGAAUACAUUAUCGAAAACAUUCAGGUGAACGUCCGUAUAUAUGUCGGCAUUGUGGUAAAGCUUUCUCACAAAAUGGUACAUUAAAACGACAUUCACAAACAUGUAAAGCUGCUUAUAAUAAAAACAACAGUAACACUAAUACCAAUAAUAAUAACAGUAAUAAUGAGAAUCGAGAUGUUCAUUUCAGUCAAAAAUUCCCCACAUCUACACCUACUACCCAUCAUCAAUCAUCAUUCAUUAAGAACAUAUCAAAUAAUAUUACUGAUCCAAUUAAUUUGAAACCAUCAAAUUUUUCAACAUUAUUAUGUGAUCCAAUUGAUGGAUUAUCAGAUACUGAAGGUAAAAUGAAUUUAUCACAAUCUAUAAAUAAUAUUAAUCAUAUAAAAACUACUUUACCUACUACUAUGAAUAGUAUAAAUACUAAUAUGAAUAUCGUACAGAAUAAUAAAACGAAUGUAAAUAAACUAUCGAAUCGAUAUAUUUAUCCUGAACCAACUGAAAAACAAUUACAUAAUUCGGAAAAAUCACAAAUAUGGGAAAAUAGUAAUAUGAAAUUGGAAGAAGGAAAUUGUUCAUUGUUAAAUAAGACAGCACUUCCGUCAAUAGUAACAACGAAACAAGAAAGUAACGCUUCUAAUCCUUUUAAACAACAACAACAACAACAAAUUAUUCAUGUCGGUCCAUCAUUGGAUAUUCAAAAUCAAACCGCAACACUUUGGUCAAAUUUUGAUUGGACAAUAUUAACUAAUUAUGAAAUUAAAUUAUUAUUAGAAAAAUUACAUUCACUUGGUAAAAUAUAUGGUUGUAUUGAUUGUCAAACAUAUUAUUUAGAUGAGAAAAUGGCAACUUAUCAUUUAAGUAAUAUGCAUGGAAAUUUAAAUGAUCAGUCGUCAUCUUCAUCAUCAGGAUCAUCAACAGCAGGAGCAGCAGCAACAUCAGUAUCACCGUCAGUAGAUAAUAGUAGUAAAAAAUUUGAAUGUUUUCUAUGUGGUGUAAAUUUAAAUAAUUCUUUAUUAUUUUUAGAACAUUUUACUCAUUGUUUAUCAAUGAAAAAACAUAAUGGGAUAGAUUUAAUGAUAAAGCAAACUACUACUGACCCAUUAACUAUUCUUUCAGAUAAUAAAGCCACUGAUAAUAAUAACGCUAGUAAUAAUAAUAUGUGUAAUGAGUUGGAUAAGAAUGAAGAUGAAAACAUCAGUGAACAAUCAAUAAAUGAAACAAUACAAAUGACAAAUAUUAAAUCACAAGAAUUACAUACUGUUUCAUCCAUUAUAGACAAUUGUAAUAAUAAUAUUAAUAAUGAUAGUAAUCCUGUAUUGAGCAAUAUCAAUGAUCAAUCAGAAAUCAAAUUGAAUGGUUAUUGUAUAGAGGAGAAAAAUGAAGUUCAUGAAAAAGAUGAUGAUGAGGAUGAUGAUUUGCAUACAUCAUCAUCACCAUGUAAUAUAACAUUCUCUAAUUCUGUAGAUCAAUUAACCGGGUAAUCUAUUGAUAAUUUAUGAAUGAAUAUUAUAUUUUCAUUUUUCUUUCAUUUCAACAAAAUCAAAAUAAACUAACAACAUUAUUCAGUCUAUAUAAAUAUAAACAUAUAUAUUAUCUAACCUGAUAUUUCACUAACUAUCAAUAUGCAUUUUACAUCAUGUUAAUCAUUUGUUACUAAGAGAAAAAAUCAAUAAUGUUUGAUCAGGAAAACAGUAUAAAAUUUUCUCUUCUUCUCUUACUACUAUAUCUCUUCUAAUUCAAUGUUUGUUUAUCUGUAAUGCCCAAAUUCUAUUUUAAUCGUUUAUUUGUUUGUAGUCAUUUUAUUUGGUUUUUUGUUUUGUAAGUUUGUUUGUUUAUUUAUUUGUUUGUUAGUUUUUUUUUCUAUUUUACACACACACACACAUUAAAACAUGAAUUGAUACAUUGAAUCCUAAUGCAUUUAAACUAACUCAGGUAUUAAUGUAACUAUAAAUAAAUAUGUAUUUAUAUCAGUUCAAGUUAUGAAAGGAAACAAAUGAUUAAUUCAACCCCCCCCCAAAAAAAAUUUCUGUUUACAUUUUGUACAGUUUAUUAAUUCGAAACUAUUUUUGUGUAAUCGGUUUUUUUCCCGCAUUUUUUUUUCUAGAAGACUAAAACAAGACAAACUAUUAACAAUGAUCAAUGUUUAUUGGUAAACACUAUUGUUAUUAUUAUUACUACUAUUACUAUUAUUAUUGUUAUUAAUGAUAACGAUGAUAAUUGUAUGUUUUCAAUGUCCGUUUCUUUGUUUCUUACCUUUGCCUAUUUUUCCAAAAUAUACAUUAAAAGGAACUCAAAUUUAUUUAUUCGUCCACAGUGAUUUUUUAUUCAAUUGUCUGUUGAAUUUUUGUCUAUUUGUUUAUAUUUUUUUCAUGGAUGUAAAUUUUCUUUCUGUUUUUUUCCUUCUCUGUAAAAAAAUGAAUCGACGGUAAUCAUAAUGACAUUAAUGAUGAUGAGUGCCUGAGAAAGUUACAAAAUGUAGACUUACACACAAUUUGUAUGUAUGACUAUGAUGGUAUUUCUUUAAUUAGAAUGAUCAUUUUUAUCAUCUCUGCUGCUUUAGACCAAAGUUGAUCCUAAAAAAGCAUAAAAAGAACAAGAUUCUUUCGUUGUAUCGAUUUGUCUUUCGUGUUAGUGACUAACUGUUAACUAAGACAGUACUGUUUCAGAGAAUAUUACUAGUAUUAAAAAAAGUUAAGAAGAAGACCGGGGAGGCAGGUAAACAGUAAAUGGGAACAUAAUAGAGGAACAGCUAGUUAUAAUAAUGAUAAUAGUAGCUAAAGUUAAAGAUAUAACUGUUUUUUUCUUGUAAGUAAAUGCAUGUUAUGCCACAGUGUACAAUGUUGAAUGAUGAACUUCUUGUCCUUCUUUACUACUG